AUGGGCUUGGACGGCAGCAUUGGCAUUUCAUGGUUCGACGUCAGCACCAUCAUCAUGGACAGUGUCGUCAGCAUGGGCGAUGGAGGCAGCCGUGGCGUCAUCAGCGCCGCACAACGUAGCGAUUUCGGAAAGGGCAGCAGCCGAGGCUGGUGGGGCGUCGGGGAUGUCGAGGCGUGCAUCAUGAAUGGCGUCUUUGAGCGCCUUGGCCACGUCAGAGGAGGAGAGGCGCGCGGCCCGGGCACGGACAGCCUUCGUAGUCAUGUCAGUGAAGACGCGAGGCUCCUUGGCAGCGAGACGAGAGCUCCGGUGAAGAAAAGAAAAAACAAGUUAGAAGACACUUGCGCUGGUCACAAUUUACACAAUUCAAAAAGAAGACACUUGCGCUCGCUCGGUUACAAGAAAAAAAAGGCGACGGUCGGAGUCGGAGGCGGCGGCGGAAGGCGAGCGAGGAACCCUAACCCAAACCGAGCACUCCGGAAGAAGAAGAAGAAGGCGCGGGCGCGGAUCCGAGGAGAGGGACAUCGGCGGCGAUGGCAUCAGCGAUUCGGCACGCGGCGAGGUUUGCUGGGCGGCGUCGCGCUCCGGCGGACGCGGGCGGGGUUGCCAGCCUAUUCCCUCCGGCCUCCUCCCACCGCUGCUGAGAUUGGGAGGCAUCACGCGCUCAAGGAAAUCAAACAGAAGAAGGAAGAGCUGUUCAGUCUGAUUGCCGACACGGAACGGCGAUACAACACUCGCCUCACCAAGGAAGAUUUUCAGAACAUACGUAUGCUCCAGCAGCUAGCCGUGCAGAUCGAUCCUAGGCCUGCCGACCCCUUGUGGCGCUCGAAGCGGUUUACGAAGCGACUCAAUGAUUUUGUUGGCUUUACCGGGGCCAUCGUGUCAGGCUACUUGCUUACGGAUAAAUGGCUCAACUCGGGCAAGGAUGCGGACCCAAGAGGGGAGGAGGGCAUGGCUCUGGCUGCUAGCCAGCAAUGAGUGAAUUGCUUCAUUCACUGGGACAAGGAGGCAGAAGAAGUGUAAAAGUAGUAGUAGUGUUCUGGAGGAGGAAGUUAUUAGUGUGCUCUUUCUGGGUAUCCUUUAGCUUAUGUUAUGUAUGAGCAACUGUGAGAUCUGUUGUGACAUUUGUACAAGUUGAUGACAUGGUGCCAGCAAACUAGUAUAUGUUCAAAACCUGCCUUUUCAUCUUGACUAUAAGAUAACUAGCUACUACUCCCUUCGUUCCUAAAUAUAAGUCUUUUUUGAGAUUUCAAUAUGGACUACAUAUGGAGCUAUGUAUAUUUAGGAACGGAGGGAGAGUAUUACAAGAAAUAUGUUUGGGCGCCCCCACUACAACGUUGGCCACAAUGUCAGCUGUGCCAUUUGGCAGA